AACUAUAAGUUAAAUAUUACACAAGAAGAUUGUGAAGAUGUACUUCUUUGUCUUGAUGAUAUCAAGUGGCUUCAGCACCAGUUUUUUGUGAGUCAUGACACAAACAGACUGAACUCAUUUCAUGAUUUACUGAUGGGCUGUGAUGUGAAAUUACCUCGGCCUGAAGUUGAACCCAGAAAUCAGGAACUAGAAGCCCGAAUCCAAUGCCUCAAGGCCAGACAAGCUAAUAGAGAAUAUAAGGCGAUGACAAGGAAUGUGGACACUUUCAGAGUUCAUGAACCUGAGGAGACCAUUUCAUAUCACUUGAAACAGAUGAACAAGCAGCUUAUUGCCGUGCUACAAUUUAUUAUCUCUGUACUGGCUGGAUUUGCAUUCGGAUUCAUCGGCAUUGAGCUGAUAGUCGGCAACUUGGAUUUUGGAUUCCGGCUCCUGCUUGGAGUAAUAUUUGCGCUCAUCAUUGCUUUAGCUGAGAUUUACUUCCUUGCUAAGAAACUUAGUGAAGAUAUACCAUCAACCCUGACACCGCCUGAACAACGUGCAUUUCCUACUGCAAAACCUCAUCAAGAAUAAACAAAAAUUUGUAAUUCUGUGCAAAGGUGUAUAAAAAUGUUUUUCAACCUAUAUAUUGUUGUAGGAAGACAAUGGUAUAAAUAAUAUAAAUGAAAAUAUCUAA